CUCUCUACCUGCCUCUCCCUCCUCCUCCUCCUCUCUCCUUCCCUCGUCUCCUCGCCUCGUCUCCUCGCUGGUCUGCUCGCUCGUAAACGAUGUGGAUUGCGUGGAGGAGAUGAGGCUCCGAAAUGCGUCCUUCCUCACGCUGCUCCUGUUCGGCCUGUGCGCGCUGGUGUCGCUGUCCUGGUACACGACGUUCAGCGGAUCCAGAGGAGAUGUGGUGGACGUGUACCAGAGGGAGUUCCUGGCCCUCAGAGACCGGCUGCACUCAGCAGAGCAGGAGAACCUCAGGAGGUCCAAAGAACUCAACCUGGUCCUGGAUGAGAUCAAGAAGGCCAUCGCCGAGAAGCAGGCCCUCCGAGACCUCAACAAGACCUGGGCCAGCCUCUCAGAGGAGACCCGUCUGAAGCUGUGGAACGUGAGCAGUAGUAAGAGCGUUCUUCAGCUGCCCUCCAUCUUCCAUCACCUGCCUCACCUGCAGCACCCUGAGAGCCUGCAGCCUGCCGUGCACCUGGGCCAGGGCCGCACUGGGGUGUCCAUAGUGCUAGGCGUCCCCAGUGUGAAGAGGGAGGUCCACUCGUACCUGUCGGACACCCUCACGUCCCUGAUGUCCGAGCUGUCCCCUGCGGAGAAAGAGGAUUGUGUCAUUGUGGUCCUCAUCGCAGAGGCCGAUCAGCAGUACGCUAGCUCUGUGGCAGAAAAUCUCAGGAGCAUAUUCCCCUCAGAGAUCCAGUCCGGGCUGCUGGAGGUGGUGUCCCCCUCGUCUCACUUCUACCCAGACUUCUCCAAACUGAGGGAGUCCUUUGGAGACCCUAAAGAGCGGGUCAGAUGGAGGACCAAACAGAACCUGGACUACUGCUUCCUCAUGAUGUACGCUCAGUCCAAGGGAACCUACUAUGUCCAGUUAGAAGAUGACAUUGUGGCUCGUCCAAACUACUUCACGACGAUGAAAAACUUUGCUCUGCAGCAGCCCUCAGAGGAGUGGAUGAUCCUCGAGUUCUCCCAGCUUGGAUUUAUCGGUAAGAUGUUUAAGUCAGAUGACCUGCCGAUGAUCGUGGAAUUCAUGCUGAUGUUCUACAAAGACAAACCCAUCGACUGGCUCCUGGAUCACAUCAUGUGGGUCAAAGUGUGCAACCCUGAGAAGGACGCCAAACACUGCGACCGGCAGAAGGCCAACCUAAGGAUCCGCUUCAAACCCUCUUUGUUCCAACAUGUGGGAGUUCACUCCUCCCUCGCAGGAAAGAUCCAGAAACUCAAGGACAAGGACUUUGGGAAGCAACAUCUCCACAAAGGCCACAUAAACCCAGCGGCAGAGCUGAGCUCCAGUUUGAAGACCUACCAGCACUUCACUCUGGAGAAGGCCUACCAGGGGGAUGACUUCUUCUGGGCCUUCACACCUGUGGCCGGGGACUUCAUCCGCAUACGCUUCUUCACUCCUGUGCGUGUGGAGAGAUUCUUCUUCCGCAGUGGGAACAUCGAGCACCCUGGAGACAAACUGUUCAACACCACAGUGGAGGUGCUGCCCUUCGAUAAUCUACAGGCCGAAAAGGAGGCUCUGACCGAUGGCAAAGACAAGACACCAAAGUACCAGCGCACAGAGGACGGCUUCUACAAGAUAGCCUGGUUCCACAGUGGGGUGUGUGAGGGGGAGGUGGACCCCUCCUUCGGCCCUCUGGAGGCCAUCAGACUGACCGUCAUCACAGACUCUCCGGUCUGGGUCAUACUUAGCGAGAUUUUCAUUAAAAAAGCCGAAUGAAGGAGCCCUGCCCCUUUCCCCUCUGUUAUGACGGAUACCUCAGAGACUCUCAUAGAGCUCCACCCACUAGUCACUUCGGAUUAUUGCAACCUAGAAUGCAAACUAGGAAGCAACCGAGGAUGCACCCAAGCAACGAAGGAUGCCACCUAAGAGGCAACCAAGGACACAACCAAGGACACAACCAAGGACACAACCAAGGACACAAACCAAGGACACAAACCAAGCACGUAAGGACGCAACCAAGGGAGUAACCUAGGACACAAAUAAGGAAGGAAGGAAAGAUAGAAAUGACCUUUUAAUCAGGGAGAAACUGCAUUGAACCUGUUUGAAUUUGGAGUUAUAGAUGGUCAAAAUUAUUUGGAAAAAAUUGAAUUGAACUCAGUAACCUUUCCAUAUUCCAAAACCUGUUUACAAUCUGUGUAAUGUUUACUAAGUUGUGAACAUAGAGUGUAUAUAUAAACGGGCAUAGCUAACCCGCUAGCCGCUGCGUUCCAGAUAGAAAGUGAGCAUGGGCACACUUUGACUUUGGUUCCAUUUCACUUUCUGUCGAAAAACUGUCGCCCCUCUCUGUGUAACUGCUGCUGUCAGGCUCAUUUUGGUCUUAAAAUGUUCGGCUUCACCCCGUCUACAUGAUACUGCUAUUUAGAUUUCAUUAUUUUGUCUUGUUAAAUCAAGAUAUGAGCACUGAUUACAGACCAAACAGGUGCCUUUUUUCUCCGAGGUCGCUCCCGCUAGCGUUAGCAACAGGUUUGAUUGACAGCGUUGCUACAUUAGCAGUGCGGGCAGGAAGGACUGUUAUCUUCAGCAGCCUCGCUCUGGAUUGGGUUUUUUUUGGUUGCUAUGAUAGACUUUGCUCCAAAUUCUCUCCUACAAUCGCUAGCCUUGAUGAGCUUGAUUUGGUUGAAGCUGAAUACUCUGGAUGACAUCACACUAACUUAGUCCAAUUCUUUAUACAGUCUAUGGUUGUACAUAAAAUGCCCUGCACCUCCCCCUGCUGGCCGUCUCUAGAACAGGAACAUAAAUCACCUUUGCAAAUAUAAGUGUUGCCAACCUCAUGUACCUGAAGUCUGAAGAACUAAGUAUGUAGAUACAGAAAACACUGCACUGGAUAAUUAGAAUAUAUUUAUAGGUAGGGGCGCUGUACAGAGGAGGAAUGAGACAGGUUACUGAGUUCUGGUUUAAUUUUAAAGUCACAGUACGUACGUUUUUAGCCAAAAAAUAGACUGGACUAUAAGCUUUUUCUUUCAUUUUGGUUAGUUUUAUUGCACAGCAAACAUUGAAAAACAUGUGUCCUUACUGAGUGGGCUUGCAUCUCCACAAACAUGGCUAUGAUUUGGUUUGGAGGAGGGCCUGUUUCUGCUUGUUUCCAUGGAAAUGUUUCUUUGGCUGUAAUAUUCCACAGUAUGGUGUACAACUUGUAUAUCUUCAUGGAGUAUUAUUUGAACCUCUUAUUUCCAUGGAGUCGUGCAGGUGAUGUGCCACCUCCAGAAAGUUACAUACUGUUGAAAACGUUCCGAUCCGGAUUUUGACUGAACAAAAACAACGUGCUUUCAAGUGUCUUGCCUUAACAAACGUCCCUGCAACUGAGCAACUUAAAGCUUUCAGAUUCUGUUUAAUCAGCUGUUUUGAGUUCUUGUAAUAGUAGCAGUUCAAAAGGAUUUAUUUGGUGCAGUAAAUCUGAGCGUUCUAUGUGAAACUAAUGGUGACCAAUCUUUCAGCUGUAGUUUUUCCUUAUCGAUGCUUAUUAUAAAUUAAAGUGGGACUAAACACCUAAACUCCACCCACAACGACAUUGCAAAUAGAGCAGUUAAAAUGGGCAAAAAAUGGAGGGGGGGGGGGGGUCUGGACAUAAGAGGUAGAGUGUGACUGGUCUAACAGGUAUCCACACUGCGCCCCUGCUGCCUGGUGUUUCCAGGCUGUAAUCACGGCACUCCUGUGUGAUGUCACAUAGUACUUGAAAUUGCAAUGGCACUCACUAGUUUGCACAAUAAUUGUCAAAAAGGGACUGGGAAUAGUAGACAAUGUGUGUACACAGUUUAGUAGCGAAAAAGUUGAUUUAGUGUUUAGUUCCACUUUAAGUUUAAGAUGGUAAAUAUAUUUCAUAAAGCCUGAAUAAGGGGAACGUGAAAGCUUUAAAUAAACUACAAAUACAAGAAUCCUAUGUGCAUAUUCCAAAACUACAAAUUUCAAACUUAAAUUUGUGACUACACCUCACGAACGCCACGCAUACAAGUCUGAUAGUCCUCUUUUACAAAGCCAUUGCGCUUAACUUCUGCUCCCAGCAUCCUUCACCUUUCCCUUCCUUGACUACAUCUCUCAGAAUCCUGCACCGCGCCCUCUCCUCCUCACACACAAACUACUGAAGUGAACUUUGCCCUUUCUUCUCCUGAGGCCUUUUUCUGCUGUGCUGUCUCACUUUUUGUAAUAAAAUAUUUAAAAAUGAUAAUAAAAAUCAGUGAGAGAAUGAGUGAACAUCUCCUGUAGCGUCCCCUGGAGUCUGUCUGAGCGAGUGUGUUUGUACAGUUUUUAUUUGAAAAGUACUGGAUCGAUGCUGUUUCUGUUUUAGGAUUUCAAUUUGGUCCAACUGUUGUAAUAAAGAAUAUUAUUUAAAUCAA